AGUAUAUCCGGAACUCUUGCUCAGUCAACACUGUUGCUGUUCGUACUUCAAACGCGAUCCUUCUCUCAAAUUUUCACGGUUUUUCCCACGGAAACUCAGUUUUUUUUUAUUAUUGAAAAUCUGCCCAAGAAGUUCACUUCCUACGCUGUGACAAAGUGUGAUUGAAAUUCUGCCAGAAGAUAUUCUCACAGAGUGUUGGAGGAAAAAUUAUGUGACAAAGUUUGCUAAAGAAAAACUAUUUUUGACUGAGGAAUGCGUGAGAUGUGACACAAAUUGAGUGACCAUUCAUAAUUUUGUUUAGUGAUAUUCAGUGUGAUUUUUUCUUUGUGAGAAAUAUUGUGGACUGAGAUAGAGGAGAGUCAGGCAGAUGGAAAAUUCAGCCUAUGGAUCGGCACAUUUGCCAUCACCGGCUCUCGUAGUAUUUUCCCAGGCUGCUGGUGGUCUGGGAGAAGCUCUGAGGAUUCAACGUCCGUUUCAUUCUCAACUCCCCGAUGCUAAGGAUCUGCAUCACUUUGCCCUGGGGAGUUAUGGGGCGCAUCUGUUGCACGGAUUUCCGCCGCACUUCCUGCAUCCACUGAAUCCUGCCGUAAGCACAGCAGGUGGGGCCAAUGGUAGUCCCUUUGGUGGCGGUGGCGCCUUCGUAAAACCCUUUCCCUCCAACUUACCCCUGCCAUCAGCUUUUGCGCCCCCAAAGUGCGUUGGACUGUCCGGAUUGGAGCAGAAUAUGAUGUUCUCGAGCGGCGGGGAAUCUUUUCGGACAGAUUCCUCGAGUCCAGCGUGUACGUCGCUGUCGCCGCCUGUUAAAGAGGAAUCUCUCGAGGGGCAUACAAGUGAAGAUGGUGAUCGGGAUAGGAUUUGUUCGCCAGAGAGGAGUCCAGAGACACCAGGAUUUCGACCAGCCCCGAAGACAUCAAAUGGGGCCGAACCACUUAAUUUACGUUUGGACAAUGGAAUUCAUCCACUCUACCGUCUUCCGCAUGCUUAUUCACUGUCCAAAAGAUACUUCCAACAAGGAAUCGGUGGCGUGCCAAAGAAGACUCCCUCAAUAGGAACUCCUCCACUGCCCAAUUCUUGCCCAGUCUGUGGAAUUCAGUUGACUUCAAAUGAGCUGGAAACUCACUUUCUUACUGAAUUGGAUCGACUGUACAAGCUGAGUACACCGGCUGAGCGACAGCGUCUACGUGCCACUUUCUCCCUGCCUGGACUGGUGGGUUCACCAGGUCCGGACAGUCGCUGGGAGACAUUUCAUCGCAUCAGGAACAAUCGUCAGAAUCGUCUGAGAGCAAAGACACGAAAACGCAAAGGGGACUCUGAUUCGGACUACUCUCCAACAAGGGGUCCUCCUCAAUUGCCCGGACAGUGUCAGUCAUGUCCAGUGUGCCAUGGACGGCUGCAGAGGACACCAGAGGAGAUUGCUCAGCAUGUGGAGGAGUGUCUGAAGAAGAGUGGAGCCCAGACGGCUGUGCAGGAUGAAGAUGAGACUGUGGAUGUAGAGGGAUAUGCUGAUGACACGUCCAGCAGUGCUGGAACUAUAGUCUCUCACAAUAACAACAACAACGUGGCCAAAAUGGUGGAUUCAAGUCAGGGACAGAAUCCUGGUGCUCCUUCUAUGUCUCUCCUGGCACCCUUGACUCCUAAUCAAAUGUCCGGACAGCCACCUUCACUGGCUACAAGUCAGGCUGAAGAGGCUGCGAUCUCGAGUCUCAGUUCCUGGGACAGGAAGCAUCGUUUGAGCACAGCGAACUGCACAAUGACUUCGGUAGCCAAUCAGAUUGUUUCCCGCGUAACUCCCACCAGUUCCAACCAACGCCUGGACAUGGACUAUGACCAGGAUCGCGACCAAGGACAAACAGCCGAAGACAACGAUGAGGAAGUUGUAGUGGACAACACUGACGAUGAGGAAUGCGUCAAGAGGUUACGCAGUGACAAGAGGGAUGAGACAAAAAACAGCACUGAAGAAGCCACUUCGUCUGUAGAAAUUGAUUCUGUGAGUGACUCAAAGCCACCGAAAGCCCAAUUGGGUACAACUCCUGAUUCCUAUGUUAGUACAUCGGAAUCCACGGAACCCUCAUCACGUGCUCAAGUUCUGGAGGAGCUGAGGGCAAGGAUUCGAGAACUUGAGGGCAGUCCAUUCAAAACGCGCACCCCACAGGAGGAGGAACACUACAAAUGCUAUAUAUGUAAGGAGCCCUACAAAUCUCCCGUCAUAUCAACAAUUUGCUGGCAUGUGCAUUGUGAUGAAUGUUGGAUAACCAUUUCUGAUGCUAAGAAAUCCUGUCCGCAGUGCAAAUUCAUUACCACGACCAGUGAUCUGCGGAAAAUUCACGUUUAAAAAAACGGUGUUCAAGGAAAGGAAUUUCUGUGUGCAAUAGAGAUGGACGGGACUUAGGGAUAUGAAUUAAUUUUCUUGCCAAAAUAGCAUUAAAAUAAGAAUAUUGAUGUCUCAAAUAGAAAGUAAAGAAUUAAGUAACGAAUCAUCAAAAAAUUGUCUUUAUGUUAAUAUCCCUAAUCUAGAAAUAUAGUGUUAAAAAAAACCAAUUUAUCAAUAUGACGUUGUAGCAUGGUAAAAAAAAAUGAGUCAGUGACGGAGAGAAUAAAUAUCACUUAAAAGAUUUUAGCAAUAAAAUUAUAAAACAUAAAAUAGUAAAAGAGAAAGAUUACUUAGAUAAAAUGAAAUUAAUUGUAAAUAGAUAAUGUUGUAUAAAGAGGUAUCACCGUAAAAUUUCCUUGUAGAGAGAUUGUAAAUUGUUCCAGAAGGAAAACAUUCGGUAAAAAAAAGAUGGACAGAGGGCGAAGAAUUAAUGUUGUUUGGUGGAACAGCAAGAAGGAGAAGAGUUCAGAAGAGAAAGCAAAAUAAAUUAAAUUCCCACUCAA